AUGAGGCAGAAGAGGCCGAGGGCGAACGGACCGGAGGGGAGCGGCGGCCGGAGGAGGGGAGGUCUCAAUGACAUCCCUGCAUCCACCAGCCUACCACCGCUUGUGGAGGGACCCCUGCGCUACUUCCUCCGCUGCACCGUGGCCCGAGCCCUCUGGACAACCCCAAAGCCACCCUCUGCUGCCACUCUGGUGCGCCUGAGGUGGUGGGGGGAGACCUCUGAUGGCACCGUCUUCCAGCCCCCCUCCCGAGCAGGGCAGCCAGGAGGGAGAACCACUGCUCGCUACCCAGUGCGCUGCGGGCCCAGGCAGUUCACUGCCUACCUCACAGAUAUGGGUGUGCUUGUCUUGGAGGUAAUGACCAAACUGGACCAUCUUCCCAUUGGCAGAGCACAAAUCACCAGCCUGUCCCAGCUUUCACCCAGCCAUCCCAUUAGUGGAGUUUUCCCCAUCAUUUCACCCACAUCUGAUAAACUUGGAGAGCUGCAGGUCUCACUGGUUCUAGAACCUCUGCCAGGACGGUAUGACACCAGCAGCUCUAUCCCAACCACAGAUGAGAGUUUGGAUACUGCUCCUGGAAGCAGCAAACCCCAGAUUCUUGCUCCAUCACAGCAGUCCAGGCAAACACGAGUGACUGUUACUGACCAGGGUGUUAACAGUGGCAGAGCCUCAACUCACAGAAGAAAGGACCAUUUUCUCUUUCAAGAGAACUCUGAAAACAUAAAGGACACUUUUCCUGCUUCUCAUCACCCUCUGAUUUUACCAGAUGAAUGUCUGAAAAUGAAUCCUUUGAAUGAAGAAGUGUCGUUUUCCACCAGUCCUAAUCUUGAAGGACCUGCCAGAACAAACACUCGGGUGCUGUCUUUACAUAACCCAGCUACAAAAGACCUGCUUUCAGCUCUUUUGGAUCAAGGCAAUAAACUCCGUGAUGCCAUGGUUGUGUCUGCAAUGAAGUCAAGCCCAGACAUGGAGAUUGAACUGACUGAAGUGUCUCCUUUUGUAGAGAGAGAUGAUUUCAAAGCACCAGCCAAGAGCACCAAAGGCUUGAACUCAAGUUCUCUGCUCACUCCUGAAGAUCCCUAUCCCCUUCCUUCUGAAGUUUCUGGUCAGCACCUUGAUCUGAACUCCGAAGAGGCAGCAGUCGACCUACUCUUGGGCAGUGCUGAUUUCUCCACUGUGCCUUUCUGGGAUCGGACGGGUUCCCUUUGGGAUUCUCUGUCUCUUGGCAGUGAGGUGUAUGACAGUGAGCUCAAUGAUCCCCAUUACGACCAGAGUCUGCUGGAGAGUCUUUUUUACACAGCUCAUAAAUCUGAUUCCAGCUUAAGUGAUUUGCUCAGUGAUGAUGAUGGUGUGAGCUCCUCCAAGAAAGUAACCAAAGCACAAACUGGCAAGAACACUGAUCCAAGGAAUCCUCAGAAGGAUUCUAAUGCCUUUGAUCAGGAUCAGAAAGUGACAGAAAUUGUACCCAGCCACUCUGCUAUCAGACCACUUGCUCCUCCAGAAGAUCUCACAGAAGCUGCUCACAUCACAUCCUUGGGUGCAGACAGGUUGGUGUUGCUGGAGCGAAUCCACCUGGCCAGAGUCAUCAUUGAAAGCUUGAAAGUCCCUCCUGAGAGCAUCCAGGUCUCACCAAGAAAGAAAGGUGUUAUGGGGAAGCCUCCAAGGCCUGCAGCAGUUAACAAGUGUACCUUCUUUGUUGAGUACCACUUUCCAGUGGGAGCCUCUAGGGAUGAAAAAGGACAGAUCUCCAUAACAACAGAAGUAACUCGAAUAGCUUCACGUAGAAUCACAGAUGAUGUGGUGUCAUUCCAGCAGCGGUUUGUGUUCCCUGUCCGCUUUGGUGGAGCCAUGGUAGAGCACUGGUGGAGCUCUGCUCUUGCUUUUAAAAUCUACAUGAGAAAAAGCACACAGAAAAAGCCAGUGGCCAUUGGCUCAGCUGCGCUUCAGUUACGUCAGGUUGUUCAGUCGGAGCUGCUCACUGUCAGCUGUGAAAUACCUGUGGACAAAGAGGGAGAUCAGGCACAAGUUGGGCCACUAAAGGUGUCCUUAGAGCUUGCAGCCAACAACAAAGACUUCACCCACACCACUGCCCGCUCACCUGUGGCUGCACAGCAAGCCCCAGUGCAUGCUGUGAGAAGUCCUGGGCUGCAAUUCCAGGAGCCCAACAGGAAGAGUUUAAGUCCAGGAAGCCCUCACUGCUUGAAACUUAACCACAGUGACACACAGAAUACAGGAGCAGCCACUAUCAACAUGGUGCAGGCACCACAGGCUGCACCAACCUCUGUAGCCCAUCAUCUGCUGACACAAAGAGCCACGUCUGAAGAAGAUGGGUUAUUACUACAUGUGCUGCUGAUGGUGCCUGAUGGAAAGGAUUUUGUUGCUGAAGACCAAGGGCUCCCCAGCUCUUGUAACGUGUAUUUAAACUGCAAGCUGCUCAGCACUGAGGAGGCAACGAGAUCUGCUGUUGUAUGGGGUACUACACAACCUGCCUUCAACUUUUCUCAGGUGAUGCCUUUUUCCUUGACUUCCAAACACUUGGAGCGGUUGAAGAACAACGUCAUGAUUAUUGAAGCAUGGAACAAGACGGGAAGCCCUGGCUGUGACAAGCUGCUGGGAUUAGUGAAACUGCCUCUGCAUCAGUUCUACAUCUCAUUCAGAGAUCCAAAGAUUUCCCACUUGCUGCUUCAAGCUCAGUAUCCUGUGGUGGCUGUGGACAGUUAUAUGCCUGUGGUGGAUGUUUUUACUGGCAGCAGAAGUGGAAGCCUGAGGGUCAUUUUGGCAAUGGGGUCAGCAGAUCAAAUCGUGGCACUGCAAAGGCUAAAAACUGAAGAAGGGAUGGUACCUCCCAUCACACAGCGACCUUCCCACUCUCUGGACCUUCCUCCUACAAAGCCUGUCAUGCAGUUAGACCAAGAAGGGGAAGAUCUGCUGGAGCAUGUGUUUGAGAUCCACGUGGAGAGUGUGAAAGGACUGACACCAUUACAGUCCACUGUCUGGGGAGAGGCCGACUGCUAUGUACAGUACUACUUCCCAGUUCAAGAGACUGGUUGUGGUGCACUGCAAGGAGCUGAAUUGCAGGAGGAUGGCAUCAAGUUAAGGCCAUUCCGCACAGCAACCACUUUGUGUGUCCCUGAUCCUGUCUUUAAUGAUGAGCAUCAUCAUUCUUUGUUGGUUCCUGCUGAUGUCCCAGUCCAGAGGCUUCUGGUCAGUGCAUUUACGGCCCCAGGAGUGGCUGGAGGAGGAAUCCAGUUUGAAGUCUGGUGCAGGUACUAUUACCCAAAUGUCAGAGAUCAAGUGGUUGCCAAAGGAACCUUGCCUCUGUCACGGCUCUGUGCCAUGGUCACUAUGCAGCAUAGAGAGGAAAUAGGGAUACAAACAUUUAAUCUUCCAUUGGUGCCCCGGACUGAUUCCUCAGAGGAAUUUCAUCUGCGGUCUUCAGGUUUGCUAGAUGUGAGUGUGCUCUACCAGCGAUUCGUGAGGACAGCAGCAGGAGGAACUGCUCGAGCUGUUUUUCUUGCUGUACAGAUACACAGAGCAGCUGGUUUGCAAGCAGCAGCGAGAGCUGUGGCACAAAAGAACCCUUCCCUCCAGCACUAUGCAGGUGUGGGAGUCAAUGCUUAUGUCUCUGUGCACCUCUCCUUCCUACCUGAGGCAGAGAGACGACACACACGAGCUGUGGCUUGUUCCUUCUGCCCUGCAUUUGAGCAUCACAUGGAGAUUCCCUGUAACCUCAUCAUUCAGAAGAGCAGUGGAGAAGCCUCUUGUCUAGGAGAACUCUUGCAGUCUGCUGAUAUCACCUUCUCUAUCUAUCAUCAGAGCACCAGGUCAGCCAUUGACAGAUUGGCACCUCGGACAUCAAGAGAUUGUCUUCUUGGGACAGUCACAAUUCCAACCAGGCACCUGCUGAGAAGAAGAUCAGGUAUUUCAGGCUGGUACCCAAUUACACUGCCUGAAGAUGUCAUGCCUCCUCACUGCACAAGCAUCAUGCAGGCCAUUGUGGGAGGACUGGAACUCUCUGUCACCUUUGCUCAUCAGGAUGACAGGGAGCGUGUUUUGGAAGCUGCUAAGCUCUUGGGAUGGAACAGUGAGAUCCAUAGCACAGAUGACAGUGAUGAGUGGGAGCAGAGUUCCCAGUCAGUGACUGUGACCAUCUCAACCCCAAGAGUAUGGCUGCCCAUCCACUGUUUGCUGCUUGCAGGCCAGACACACCUAAACAAAAGCACUUAUUGCUAUCUCAGGUAUAAACUGUAUAACCAAGAAGCCACUUGGACUGUGCUUAAAAGGCCAAAACUGAGUGAUGACACCAAGAAUGUUACAAUAAACUUCAAGAAACCAAACAAGGUGAUGCUCAGAAGAAGCCAUGGGCUCCAUUGGUUCCUCAGAGAGGAGAAGUUAGAAAUCCAGGUGUGGUGGGCAUAUGGGAAAGCAAAUGAUGUGGAAAGACCACUUGAUACAGAUCGUCUCAUUGGAUCUGCCUAUGUUGACCUUGCAGCAUUAGCAGAGGGGUCAAGGAAGACAAUAAGUGUCAGUGGGGUUUAUCCAUUGUUCAGAUGCAAUGCUGCAGACCUAGCAGGAGCUGCUCUACGUGUUCACAUCGGCCUUUCUACCACUUCUGCUCUGCCCAGCAGGCUUCACUAUGCUGAGGAAUACAGCAGCAGUGAAGAUGAAGGCACAGAGAAGGCACCUGCUCUGAGCCAACAGGUCUCUGAAGAUCAGAGUCACAAACUGGAUGUUGUAAGUUCAGAAACCACCAAUGGCAAACCACAAGAAGAAGAAGAUGAUGUGAUGCUGCUGGAAAACACAGUUGCUGUCAAUAUCAUUGUGGAAAGGGCAAUGCAUCUGAGUUUAAAAGGGAGCCCUUUGACAGAACGUGAAGUGACAGCCCCCAGUAGCUGUGUAUCAUUUGCUGUUGCUGGUGCAGAUGCUCCAGUAACAACUUCAGUAAUAGACAAUACGGACUCACCAGUCUGGGACUUUCAGCAAGAAGCACGGUUAUCCAAAGAGCUUCUGCUGGAUCCACAGCAAACCUUGGUCUUCAAAGUGUGGCAUAAAGCAGAGACUGAGCGAGUGAUAGGGUUUGCAUCAGUGGACCUGUCUCCUCUCCUUUCUGGCUUCCAGCUCGUGUGCGGGUGGUACAACAUCACAGACUUCAGUGGACAGUGCCGAGGGCAGAUCAAAGUAGCAGUGUCCCCUCUUCAAAAGCUAACUCAUCUCAAAGAAGAAAGGCAGGCAAGGAUACGGAGCCAGCCACCGAGUUCUGCAGUAAAGGCCAACAUUCCAAAGUUCCCCACUAAUGCUACAAGCAUUCCCAAGCAGAUGAAUACCCUGUCAAAGGAAGUCAGUGCUCCGACUCGAGAGCGGCCUGUUCCUCACAGAACCAUCCCCUCUGGGACACGCACACCUCGGCACAAAGAGCACAUGCAGAACGUGCGCAGGUUCCAUGAAUCCCUGCAGCAAGCAGAAGGGAAUGCUCAUCGGGCAGCAAAGAUGGAUUCAUUGUCAGUGUCCUCACGUGCUUCUCUUCUGACUGCUCUCAGAAAAAACUUGAGUGAGCUGGAUGAGGUGCAAAGAUACUUCAGUCAGAAGCUGACCAAGUCUUUUCCUGACUUCGGGUAUGGGAACAUAUCCAGACCAAGUCAUGAAGAGCAGGAGAGUGAUCAUCGGGGUUCAAUGAGCAGAGAAGUGGAUCCCAAUGGAUGCCAUCUGUUGGAAAGGUCUAGUCAGUUGGUGUCUCAGGUCAGCAGGCUCAUCAGUGACUUACAGACUAUAACUAAAACCAGUGAAGAAUCAUCUCAUGUGCAUCAAGACAGCAGCAGAAAGCUGGGUGGUACACGUGUACCGAGCCAGAGGGAUGAUGAAGGUGUACCUGAAGUGUGUCAAGGCCAACCUGAGUUGGACUCCUCCAGCAUUUGCAGUGAUACACAACAGCCAUGCUCUUUUGGGAGACCUGUGUUUGAUAGACAUAUGUUGCAUGAGCUUCUAGACCAAGCUGUCCCUGAAGAGGAGCAUCCUUUGCCAAGGGGCUCUGUCCAAGAACAUGAAGGUGCUUUCACUGUGCAGCCACACAGUGAAGAAGAAUAUGAAGAAGAUGUUAUAGAACCACGAACUCUCAAUGAAAUAACAACCAUGACAGACAAAACCAGCCCCUGGUCCAGUGUGCUGUCUGAUGGGGAGCAGGGGGCUGACCUGCAAUCCAUAGACUUGAGGCCUGAAGACCAACGCUCAGUGGACACUGAUGGUUUCCAAAGAGGAAACAGACAGAGCAGCACCUUCUCCAGCAUGCUCCAAGGUGACAACCAGAGCUUGCUCACCACCCUUAGCUCAUGCAUUAGCCUCCAUGCAGAUGGGAGCAGUACUUGGGCAGCAGCAGAAGGAAUGCAAAGCUUGAAUAGAGGCACAGAAGCAACUGAGAAGGAGCUGUUUCAGCCUGCUCACUUAUCAGAGCUGCAUCAAACAGCCAAUGGGCCUGGAGGAGAUGGAAACUGUCACUGGGAUAAAGCAUUUAAUGCUAAGCCUCUAGAUCAAAAUGUAGAGUUUCCAGCAGCCUCCAAAGAACAACUGGCAUUUCCAGGGGAUGCUGCCUUGACCAACCCAAAAAGCACAGAAAGAAAGGAGGAGGAGGAAAAGGGUGAGGUUGUAAAUGAAGAUCAUCAAGACGAGGAAGAAAGUGGUUCUGAUGAGAUCUGUAUUAAGAGUGUGUCAGCCCAAGCAGGCUCAGAAGGAAAUAGUGAAUGCUUUUCUGAGGACAGUAGUGAAGACCCAUUGGAAGAGUCAGAAAGGGCUGUCAAACCCAAGAUGGUUUUAUCUGAUCCUGUUGUUGUUCCCAACUUCUUCCUUCCACCCCAGCAGAUGGAGGCCACCAUGAGGCUGCUCAGCAUUUCUUCUCGUCCCUCUACAGCUCCAGAAGGUAUCCCAUACCGACGGCCCCAGCGGCCCCGGCCCACACCUGAGGUCUCGGAAGAGGAGACCCAGAGAAUCGCCAGGAUCUUCUCUGCUCGGCUUUCCAAGAAGGAAUAACGCAGGAGAGACCCCCCCAGAGCUGCUGCUUCCUGAGCCAGGCCUGAUGCAUCACCUCCAGCAGGGAGAGGGCAUGGAAUCCACACUGGUAUCCCAUUGAUGCCUGCGAGGAGCUGGGAGCAUGCAUCUUGUCCCCAGUGAGAUGCCCUCUCAGGCAAGGAGCUGUCCUCUGCUCUCCAGUUAUUCCAUUUGUGGGAUUUAAUCAUAUGGAAUUUCAUCAUUAACCUUUUGUUUUAAUGAGUGAACACACUGAGACUGCUCCUUCAGCCAUCCAUCAAUGGAUGCUCCAUACAUCCAUCAGUGGAUGCUCCAUACGUCCAUCAGUGGAUGCUCCGUGGAUCCAUCAGUGGAUGCUCCAUACAUCCAUCAGUGGAUGCUCCGUACAUCCAUCAAUGGAUGCUCCAUGUA